UACAACUACUUCCUGAAGAAGAAUGAGAAGAUGGAACUCCCCAUUGGGUCCCUCGAAACUAACAACUUCCGUCGCUUUACUCCGGAGUCGCUGGUGGAGAUAGAGAAGCAAAUUGCUGCCCAGCAGGCAGCAAAGAAAACCAGAGAGAAGCACAGGGAGCAGAAGGACCAGGAGGAGAAGCUGCGGCCCCAGCUAGACUUGAAAGCCUGCAACCAGCUGCCCAAGUUCUAUGGUGAGCUCCCAGCAGAACUGAUCGGGGAGCCCCUGGAGGAUCUAGACACCUUCUACAGCACACACCGGACAUUUAUGGUGCUGAACAAAGGGAGGACCAUUUCCCGGUUUAGUGCCACUCGGGCCCUGUGGCUAUUCAGUCCUUUCAACCUGAUCAGAAGAACGGCCAUCAAAGUGUCUGUCCACUCAUAUCCUUUGUGGUUCAGUUUAUUUAUUACCGUCACUAUUCUGGUCAAUUGUGUGUGCAUGACCCAAACUGAGCUUCCAGAGAAGAUUGAGUACGUCUUCACUGCCAUUUACACCUUUGAAGCCUCCAUAAAGAUACUGGCAAGAGGGUUUUGUCUAAAUGAGUUCACGUACCUGCGAGACCCUUGGAACUGGCUGGAUUUCAGUGUCAUUACCCUGGCAUAUGUUGGCACAGCAAUAGAUCUCCGUGGGAUCUCAGGCCUGCGGACAUUCAGAGUUCUCAGAGCAUUAAAAACAGUUUCUGUGAUCCCAGGGCUGAAGGUCAUUGUGGGGGCCCUGAUCCACUCAGUGAAGAAACUGGCUGAUGUGACCAUCCUCACCAUCUUCUGCCUAAGUGUCUUUGCCUUGGUGGGGCUGCAGCUCUUCAAGGGCAACCUCAAGAACAAAUGUGUCAAGAAUGCCAUGGCUGUCAAUGAGACAACCAACUACUCAUCUCACGGAAAAUGCUUUCUUUUCUUCCUUUCUUUACCAGAUAUCUUCAUAAAUAAGCGAGGCACUUCUGAUCCCUUACUGUGUGGCAAUGGAUCUGACUCAGGCCACUGCCCUGAUGGUUAUAUCUGCCUUAAAACCUUUGACAACCCGGAUUUUAACUACACCAGCUUUGAUUCCUUUGCCUGGGCUUUCCUCUCACUGUUCCGCCUCAUGACACAGGAUUCCUGGGAACGCCUCUACCAGCAGACCCUGAGGGCAUCUGGGAAAAUCUAUAUGAUCUUUUUCGUGCUCGUAAUCUUCCUGGGAUCUUUCUACCUGGUCAACUUGAUCUUGGCUGUGGUCACCAUGGCCUAUGAGGAGCAGAACCAGGCAACCAUUGAUGAAAUUGAAGCAAAGGAGAAGAAGUUCCAGGAGACCCUCGAGAUGCUCCGGAAGGAGCAGGAGGUGCUGGCAGCACUGGGGAUUGACACAACUUCUCUCCACUCCCACAAUGGAUCACCUUUAACCUCAAAAAAUGCCAGUGAGAGAAGGCACAGAAUAAAGCCAAGGGUGUCAGAGGGCUCCACAGAAGGCAACAAAUCACCCCACUCUGAUCCUUACAACCAGCGCAGGAUGUCUUUUCUAGGCCUCGCCUCUGGAAGACGCCGGGCUAGCCAUGGCAGCGUGUUCCAUUUCCGGUUCCCUGGCCGAGAUAUCUCACUCCCCGAGGGAGUCACAGAUGAUGGAGCCUUUCCUGGAGACCGCGAAAGCUAUCGGGGCUCCCUGCUGCUGGGUGGGGGUGCUGGCCAGCAAGGCCCCCUCCCUAGAAGCCCACAACCCAGCAACCCUGACUCCAUGCAUGGAGAAGAUGAACAUCCCCCACUUGCCCCUGGAGCUGUGGAAGUCUCGGCAUUUGAUGCAGGACAGAAGAAGACUUUCUUGUCAGCGGAAUACUUAGAUGAGCCUUUCCGAGCCCAAAGGGCAAUGAGUGUUGUCAGCAUCAUAACCUCCGUCCUUGAGGAACUCGAGGAGUCUGAACAGAGGUGCCCACCCUGCUUGACCAGCUUGGCUCAGAAGUAUCUGAUCUGGGAUUGCUGCCCCACGUGGCUGAAGCUCAAGACAAUUCUCUUUGGGCUUGUGACGGACCCGUUUGCAGAGCUCACCAUCACCUUGUGCAUCGUGGUGAACACCGUCUUCAUGGCCAUGGAGUACCAUGGCAUGAGCUCUACCUUCGAAGCCAUGCUUUACAUAGGCAACAUUGUCUUCACCGUAGUUUUUACCGCUGAAAUGGUCUUCAAAAUCAUCGCCUUCGACCCAUACUAUUAUUUCCAGAAGAAGUGGAAUAUCUUCGACUGCAUCAUCGUCACCGUGAGCCUGCUGGAGCUGGGCGUGGCCAGGAAGGGAAGCCUGUCUGUGCUGCGGAGCUUCCGCUUGCUGCGGGUCUUCAAGCUGGCCAAGUCCUGGCCCACCUUAAACACGCUCAUCAAGAUCAUCGGAAACUCGGUGGGGGCACUGGGGAACCUCACCAUCAUCCUGGCCAUCAUUGUCUUUGUCUUCGCUCUGGUUGGCAAGCAGCUCCUCGGGGAAAACUACCGUAGCAAGCGGAAAACUAUCUCUGCGCCCCACGAAGAGUGGCCCCGCUGGCACAUGUGCGACUUUUUCCACUCUUUCCUCAUCGUCUUCCGCAUCCUCUGCGGAGAGUGGAUCGAGAACAUGUGGGCCUGCAUGGAAGUCGGCCAGAAAUCCAUAUGCCUCGUCCUUUUCCUGACGGUGAUGGUGCUGGGGAACCUGGUGGUGCUCAACCUGUUCAUCGCUCUGCUACUGAACUCUUUCAGUGCAGACAACCUCACAGCCUCAGAAGAUGAUGGGGAGGUGAACAACCUGCAGGUGGCCCUGGCACGGAUCCAGGUCUUUGGCCGUCAAACCAAGCAGGCCCUUUGCAACUUCUUCAGCAGGCCCUGCCCGCUCCCCUGGCUCAAGGCAGAGCCCGAGCUGGUGGUGAAACUCCCACUCUCCAGCUCCAAAGCAGAGAACCACAUUGCUGCCAACGCUGCCGGAGGGAGCUCUGGAAGGCUCCCCGCUCCCAGAGGUCCCAGGGAUGAACACAGUGACUUCGUCGCUAAUCCUACUGUGUGGGUCUCUGUGCCCAUUGCUGAGGGCGAAUCCGAUCUUGAUGACUUGGAGGAUGAUGGUGAGGAAUAUGCUCGGUGCUCCCAGCAGGAAGUGAUCCCCGAAGGUCAGCAGGAGCUACUGCAGCAAGUCGAGAGGUGUGAGGACCUCCUGACACCCAGGAGCCCACGCUCUGGAACAUCAUCUGAGGACCUGGCCCCAUACCUGGGUGAGACGUGGAGAAACAAGGCUGUUCCUCAGGCCCCUGCAGAGGGAGUGGACGACACAAGCUCCUCUGAGGGCAGCACGGUGGACUGCCCAGAUCCUGAGGAGAUCCUCAGGAAGAUCCCCGAGCUGGCAGAUGACCUAGAAGAACCAGAGGACUGCUUCACAGAAGGAUGCAUUCGCCGCUGUCCCUGCUGCAAAGUGGAUGCCACCAGUAGUCCGUGGGACGUGGGCUGGCAGGUGCGCAAGACCUGCUACCGUAUCGUGGAGCACAGCUGGUUUGAGAGCUUCAUCAUCUUCAUGAUCCUGCUCAGCAGUGGAUCUCUGGCCUUUGAAGACUAUUACCUGGACCAGAAGCCCACGGUGAAAGCUCUGCUGGAGUACACGGACAGGGUCUUCACCUUUAUCUUUGUGUUCGAGAUGCUGCUUAAGUGGGUGGCCUAUGGCUUCAAGAAGUACUUCACCAAUGCCUGGUGCUGGCUGGACUUCCUCAUUGUGAAUAUCUCACUGACAAGUCUCACAGCGAAGAUCCUGGAAUAUUCUGAAGUGGCUCCCAUCAAAGCCCUUCGAACCCUUCGUGCUCUGAGGCCACUGCGGGCUCUGUCUCGGUUUGAAGGCAUGCGGGUAGUGGUGGAUGCCCUGGUGGGCGCCAUCCCAUCCAUCAUGAACGUCCUCCUCGUCUGCCUCAUCUUCUGGCUCAUCUUCAGCAUCAUGGGCGUGAACCUCUUCGCAGGGAAGUUUUGGAGGUGCAUCAACUAUACCGAUGGAGAGUUUUCACUUGUACCUUUGUCAAUUGUGAACAACAAGACUGAGUGUGAGAUUCAAAACUCCACCCGCAGUUUCUUCUGGGUCAACGUGAAAGUCAACUUUGAUAAUGUCGCAAUGGGUUACCUUGCACUUCUGCAGGUGGCAACCUUUAAAGGCUGGAUGGACAUUAUGUAUGCAGCUGUUGAUUCCCGGGAGGUCAACAUGCAGCCCAAGUGGGAGGACAACGUGUACAUGUAUUUGUACUUCGUCAUCUUCAUCAUCUUCGGAGGCUUCUUCACACUGAAUCUCUUCGUUGGGGUCAUAAUUGACAACUUCAAUCAACAGAAGAAAAAGUUAGGGGGCCAGGACAUCUUCAUGACAGAGGAGCAGAAGAAGUACUACAAUGCCAUGAAGAAGCUGGGCUCCAAGAAGCCCCAGAAGCCCAUCCCACGGCCCCUGAACAAGUUCCAGGGUUUUGUCUUUGACAUCGUGACCAGACAAGCUUUUGACGUCACCAUCAUGGUCCUCAUCUGCCUCAACAUGAUCACCAUGAUGGUGGAGACCGAUGAGCAGAGUGAAGAAAAGACAAAAAUUCUGGGCAAAAUCAACCAGUUCUUUGUGGCCGUCUUCACAGGCGAGUGUGUCAUGAAGAUGUUCGCCUUGAGACAGUACUACUUCACCAACGGCUGGAACGUGUUUGACUUCAUUGUCGUGGUCCUCUCCAUUGCCAGCCUGAUUUUCUCUGCAAUUCUUAAGUCACUUCAGAGUUACUUCUCCCCAACGCUCUUCCGAGUCAUCCGCCUGGCCCGGAUCGGCCGCAUCCUCAGACUGAUCCGAGCGGCCAAGGGGAUCCGCACGCUGCUCUUCGCCCUCAUGAUGUCCCUGCCUGCCCUCUUCAACAUCGGGCUGCUGCUCUUCCUCGUCAUGUUCAUCUACUCCAUCUUCGGCAUGACCAGCUUUCCCCAUGUGAGGUGGGAGGCUGGCAUUGACGACAUGUUCAACUUCCAGACCUUCGCCAACAGCAUGCUGUGCCUCUUCCAGAUCACCACGUCGGCCGGCUGGGACGGCCUCCUCAGCCCCAUCCUCAACACUGGGCCCCCCUACUGCGACCCCAAUCUGCCCAACAGCAACGGCUCUCGGGGGGACUGCGGGAGCCCAGCCGUGGGCAUCCUCUUCUUCACCACCUACAUCAUCAUCUCCUUCCUCAUCGUGGUCAACAUGUACAUUGCAGUGAUUCUGGAGAACUUCAAUGUGGCCACAGAGGAGAGCACCGAGCCCCUGAGUGAGGACGACUUCGACAUGUUCUAUGAGACCUGGGAGAAGUUUGACCCAGAGGCCACUCAGUUUAUUACCUUUUCGGCUCUCUCAGACUUUGCAGACACGCUCUCUGGCCCCCUGAGAAUCCCAAAACCCAAUCGAAACAUACUGAGCCAGAUGGACCUGCCUUUGGUCCCUGGAGAUAAGAUCCACUGCUUGGACAUCCUUUUUGCUUUCACCAAGAAUGUCCUAGGAGAAUCUGGGGAGCUGGAUUCUCUGAAGGCAAAUAUGGAGGAGAAGUUUAUGGCAACUAAUCUUUCAACAUCAUCCUAUGAACCAAUAGCAACCACUCUCCGAUGGAAGCAAGAAGACCUUUCCGCCACUGUCAUUCAAAAGGCCUAUCGGAGCUAUGUGCGGCACCGUUCCAUGGCACUCUCCAACACCCCACACGUGCCCAGAGCUGAGGAGGAGACUGCAUCACUCCCAGGUGAAGGCUUUGUGGCUUUCAUGGCAAAUGAAAACUGUGUCCUCCCAGACAAAUCUGAAACUGCAUCCGCCACGUCUUUCCCACCAUCCUAUGAGAGUGUCACUAGAGGCCUUAGUGACAGAGUCAACAUGAGCACAUCGAGCUCAAUACAAAAUGAAGACAAAGCCACCAGUAAGGAGGUGACUGCCCCUGGGCCCUCGUGAGGACACUCCAGCCUGGACAUGAACAGUUCUGAUGUGUCCUUCUGCUCUGUGUUAACUCUUUCCCACCACAGAUCACACCCAGCUACAGCCUCACCAAUGCAUGCCACUGGUCACAAUGUCAAAACUGGGCAAGGAAUGCAGCUGGUAGCCACCUUUGAAAAAGCCCCCAUAUACAAAAAGGAGUCAGAAGCCAAGAGCACUUCCACUGUGAUUUCCCUUCUGCAUUUCAGUAUUGGAUGAUGGGUUCUCUUACUCUCUAGAAAAUAUCCCCGGUCCUUUUAUUUUGGUUGUAAUCAGAGAUUAUAUUUACCGAGACAAACUGCUCAGGACCUGAACUUCCAAAGAUACAGAACAAGAACGUUGCUGAAGGUCCAAGGUAGUCCUCUGUGAAGCACCACAUAGAGAUUGGCAAUGUUAUUUAGGAUUUUGCAUGAUUGCAUGUUGAGAGCUGUCGGACACCUUCUCUGACCCAGGGUCACACCUGGGGCCUAUGUCAUGAAAAGCCUUUGAGAUAUUCAUUAAAAUUAAUAUUUUUAAAGGUAUGU